UAGGGAUGGAACCUAUGCUAUAUAAGGCCCCGUCAAAAGCACGCAUGCCUUCCGUUGCGAUGAUCACCGUCGCCAUCACCGUUAAUACCCUUGGAACACGAUUCCUUUCCUCUCCCUGGUGCUUGUAAAAAAUUCAGUAGGGGAAAACAAAAGCACUCCCUAUAAAACUCUUCCUUCUUCGCCUUUCCCCUUUUUCGUUCCUUGCAAACCGCGUUCAGGAAGGGAUAGAGAGCGAAGGAUCCAAGAAAUCCCCAGCCCUACGGGAUUAGGUCUGCGACCAUGGCUUCCAAGCGGAUCCUGAAAGAGCUGAAGGAUCUCCAGAAAGAUCCCCCCACGUCUUGCAGCGCAGGCCCUGUGGCUGAAGACAUGUUUCAUUGGCAAGCAACAAUAAUGGGCCCACCUGACAGUCCUUAUGCAGGUGGAGUCUUUCUAGUCACCAUCCAUUUCCCUCCAGAUUAUCCAUUUAAGCCACCAAAGGUGGCAUUCAGGACAAAGGUUUUCCAUCCGAAUAUUAACAGCAAUGGAAGCAUUUGCCUUGAUAUCUUAAAGGAGCAAUGGAGUCCUGCGCUUACCAUUUCCAAGGAAAUUAAACCAAAACUUUGGACUGUGAGUUCGUUCGACUCCAUGGUUCUCAGAGCCUUUAAGGCUGUGAAACCCGUGUCCCAUCACAGCUGCUCCAUUUUUUUCCUUCACAGGUACUGCUGUCAAUUUGUUCCCUGUUAACGGAUCCAAACCCAGAUGAUCCAUUGGUUCCAGAGAUUGCACACAUGUACAAAACCGAUCGGGCGAAGUAUGAGGCAACUGCGAGGAGCUGGACCCAGAAGUAUGCAAUGGGCUAGCAUUGGUGGCAGUGGGAGGUUGUUGAGGUCAUUUGUCUGUCUGUUGUUAAUUACAUUUGGUGGCUGUAUCAUCUGUUAUAUGUAAAAUGAAGUUGUCUUGUGUUUCUCCCUUGACCUACUGGAAGUCUAGGAAGGAAAGCCUCGACAAGCUCUCCCAAAAGACGAAACAUUUGCGUAUCUGAUUGUUUGCAUGACAAUUUGAUAACGGAUCCUGUAACCCCUCAUUUCUCCUUGUUUGCUUAGAUUUAUGAAUUAUUAAAGCUGCCUGUGGUUUGUGCAGAUAA